UUUGAAGCUAAAUAAAUAUCUAUUCCUCAAGCACUACAUAAAUUUUCAAUCUAGGUUUAAAAAUAGAAGCUAGAAUGGCAGAUUUCAUGGAGAAAGCGAUGAAUUUCGUGUCGGAGAAGGUGGGGAAUAUGGAGAAACCGGAGGCUGAUAUCACAGACUUUGAUCUGAAAAAAGUUAGCAUGGACAGCAUUUCAUAUCAUGCCAAAGUGGCCGUGAAAAACCCUUACUCUGUUCCUGUACCCAUCAUGCAGAUCUCUUACACUCUCAAAUGCUCCGGCAGGGUUAUAGUAUCAGGAACAAUUCCAGAUCCAGGGAAUAUAAAAGCAAAUGACACAACCAUUUUAGAUGUGCCAGUGAAGGUUCCUCACAGUAUGCUAGUGAGUUUGGGUAAGGAUAUUGGUAAAGAUUGGGACAUUGACUAUAAACUGGAAUUGGGUCUCGCCAUUGACCUUCCAGUCAUUGGGAAUUUCACAAUCCCACUCUCUCAUAGCGGCGAGAUCAAGCUUCCAUCACUCUCCGACUUAUGGAACGGUGACAAAGAAGAAGACACUGAAAAAGAGAUCUGAAAGUAGCGCGCUAAUAAUAAUAUUACUACUAACUAAUACUGUACUUUCAUUAUGGGUGUUUUUAUGUAUUUUGUUUGAUUUUCCAAAAAGCCUAAACCCAGUUUUGGGGUUUAAUUAAAAAUUACAAGUGUACUUUUCUUAUUUUGUGCUGCGCGCUACACUUUAUUUUUAGUAGAACCACAUGAUAUAAUUAAGAUAUAUAUGGCACGGAACAAAGGUUUUUAUGUG